AUGAGCGAAAAAAAUUCGAGAGGACGGUUCACUUUGAGCUUUGUCACAAUGUACUCUACCAGCAGGAUUGGCUCCAUGCGGAGAACAUUGCUUCCGCGGUCUACAGUCUUCCGCUGUCAGCGAGCCUCGCUUUCUGUGGUAGCUGAAGAAGAGGUACAAAUAAAUCAACGUGAGUUAAGGGAACGCGCUAUGAUGGAAGCACUCGCAAGGGAAGAAGAAGCUACUGCCAAAGCCAAAGCUUUGCGUGAGUUAAAGGACAAAACAAAAGAACAGAUAUUGUUGUUAAAUAAAACCCCUUCCACUCUUAUGGAAGAAAGACUCAGAUCUUUGCAAAAUGAUUUGGAUAACGUCGCUGAUCAAGAUAAAGUCAAGCAACUUGACGAGGAGUUGGAAGAAUUCAUGUUCGCUAGUAUGAACUUGCCAUCGUCUGAAGUUCAAAACAAACCAUGGUAUGUACCAGGAGCUACUGCCGAAGUGGAUCAAUCAGGACGAGACGAUAGCACACUGCGCAUCCAGUCAACCACAUCCAAUUCUUUCACAAACGUUUAUCCAAACUUAAAACCCACUCCUGAUUAUAGACCGUACUCGUCACAGGAGUUGUACUUGAGGCAGCUCUCUCAUUUGAACCAAUCGGGAAAUUUGGGGUCUACUUUGAGUGACGUUUACGUUCCUAGAAAUGAGGUAAAGAAACCAAACACGAUUAAUGACGUAACCAUCGCUAGCUUAUUGGCUGCAGGGUGUCACUUAGGGCAUGCUAAGUCCAUGUGGAGACCUUCGACCCAGCCAUACAUAUAUGGUGAGUAUAAGGGUAUUCACUUGAUUGAUCUUCAAGAAACAAUAAGUGCUCUUAAAAGAGCUACUUCUGUCAUGAAAGGAGUCGCCAAAAAGGGUGGUAUUAUUCUCUAUGUGGGUACUUUAAAACAUUGGGAACAGCAUAGAGCAUUGGAAGAGGCUGCUGAAAGAAGUAAUGGAUAUUAUGUUUCCAAGAGAUGGAUUCCAGGUACGAUUACCAACUUUACGGAAGUAUCAAAGCAAGUCGGGGGCGGUCAGCGUCAAGAAAUUGAUAUUGCAGACGAACCCACUAACAGACAAAUUGGUGAAGAUGAGGCCGCAAGCGUGCUAAAGCCUGAUCUCGUAGUCAUCUUGAAUCCAGUGGAGAACAGAAACUGCAUCAACGAAUGUAUAAAGCUGAGGAUCCCAACCAUUGGUUUGUGUGACACCAACAUGGAGCCUUCUCUUUUGACAUAUCCAAUUCCAUGUAACGAUGACUCCACGAGAGCUUCAUCGUACAUGACUGGUAUAUUAUCGACUGCAGCUGAGGAAGGUCGCGAAGAAAGGAUCGCCUUUGCUCAAUCGCAGCAAUCCCGUUAG